UUUAAUAACUAAUUUUUGAUAAUAUAUUAGAUGUAGAAUUAGAUUUCAGUUAUUACAACCAAAUUUGCUAUAAAAGUAUUAAAAAAUUCGAUAAUUGAUUAAUUGUGUAGUACAAUUCGUUACCCUAGAAGAAAUUCAAAUUGUGUACUAUCAAUAUUUGUGUAUAAGUAGUACUACUAAUUGACUUCGUGGACGUACCAUUCUUCAUAUAUCUACCUUACCUAUAGAAAAAAAAAAAAAACACCUUCUUAAGCUAAACUAAGCUAAACUUUUAUUUAGUCUUAGUUACAUUAUUGAUUAAUCUAAAUAGAUUAUUAUGGAUCAUGAUCAUGGAAUGAUGAUGAGCCCACCACCGCCAUCAUCAUCUUCACCGUCAAUGGGGCAUAACAACAUGAACAUGGGUGACCAUAACACGAUGAUGAUGCACAUGACCUUCUAUUGGGGUAAGAAUGGCCAAAUCCUCUUCUCAGGGUGGCCUGGGACUAGCACCGGCUUGUACAUCCUCGCCUUGGUUUUAGUCUUCCUCCUUUCCCUCCUUGUCGAGUGGCUUGCUUGCUCCCGCCUUGUGAAACCAAGUGGUGAAGGGUUUGGUUCAUGCAUCCUACGAACCCUAGUGCAUGCCCUACGUAUGGGACUCGCCUACCUCCUUAUGUUGGCUGUUAUGUCUUUUAAUGUUGGUGUUUUCAUAGUUGUCAUUGUUGGUCAUGCACUUGGGUAUAUGGUUUUUGGGUCAAGAAAUAGUAAUAAGGGUUCCGAGGAUUCGGGUUUCCCUCAUUGAUCAUUUUGAUUUGUGAUCAAACAAAAUUAAGAACCCUUGGUUUUUCUAGCUCACUUAAAGCAUGAAUCAUUAGUUGAUCGAAUUUAAAUUAUUAUCGCUAAUGUAGUAAUGUGUGUUAAUAAAUACUAUGUUUCUUAUUUUGUGUGGUUGGUUUUCUGUAAGCAUGUAAUAUAUUUGAAAAAAUUUAUAUCCACCCGGGUGCAAAAUGUACCCAAGGUUAUAUUUUGCUCAUCAUUUAAUGAUUAAAUGAUCGAGCUGAGCAAUAACCAUUCUUUAAUCAUCGUAAUAAGAAAAAAAAAACCUAGGUGCACUAUAUACCCAGAUGUAUAAUAAUUUUGGUAAUAUUUAGGUACUAUUGAUACACAUCUAGCUUCUGAAUUUAAAUCAUUAUUGCUAAUAUUACUUUUGAGGUCAAAUUAAACGUACUUUGUCAUUAGUUUCUUGAGCUUUGUAUUUAAACCACUUGCAUUGAUAUAUGUAUAUAUUUACGACCUUACCAAGUACUUUUGAAUUAGACAAACAUAUAUUAGAACAUAGAAGUAUUACCAAAUGGCCUGGUCAAGAGGUUUUGUAUCACAAUCGUACCUCUCCUCCCCUU